GUCACCGACAUCAACGACAAUGCCCCGCGCUUUCCCGCCGCCUCCAAAAACAUCAGCAUCGCGGAAUCUUCUCUGCCUGGGACCCGUUUUCCGCUGGAGGGCGCGUCGGAUGCGGAUAUCGGUUCGAACGCGCAGCUCUCGUAUACAAUGAGCCCCUCCGAGUACUUCGCUCUGGAUGAUAAAUCUGCAGGGGAAUACUUGAAAUCUCUUUUUCUUGUGUUAACGCAUCCUCUGGACAGGGAGUCGGUGUCGGAGCACCGCUUGGUGCUGACGGCGAGUGACGGGGGCAGGCCGGCGCUGACGGGCACGGUGCAGCUGGUGAUCUCGGUGCUGGAUGCGAACGACAACGCGCCGCAGUUCAACCAGUCGGUGUAUAAAGUGCAGCUGCCGGAGGACUCGGUGGAGGGCACGCUGGUGGCGCGGGUGGCAGCCACGGACCCGGACGAGGGAAUUAAUCAGGAGUUUUCCUACAGCAUCGUCAGUUCUGUUCCUGCGUCUCAGAGAGAUGCAUUCAACAUUGAUCCGCGGACGGGGGAGAUCAGACUCACGGGUCUCUUAGAUUUUGAAGACGUCCGACAACACGAGUUGCAAAUCCAGGCGAGAGAUAAAGGGACGCCUCCGUUGUCGGGGCACUGCAGCGUCAUUUUGGAGGUGGUGGACGUGAACGACAAC